GUCCAAAUUCAACCUUCGACUGCAGCGGAUCGUCGCUACUACCACGGCUAUAUAACGGUUUUAUUUUGAAUACUGAAUCCGAUUCAGGUUCGGUUUCAGGUUCGAGAUCCAGACAGUAAAACCAAACAUUUGGAAUAAUUUUAAUUAGGAGAUGAUGUCUCCGUCAUCGCGCUCGUUUUGCAAGAUACUCGUCGUUAUGGCCCUAGGAUGCCUGCAUUUUUGUAGUGGAAUUGCCCGGGAUUCGACGGCCAGAACCAUCUACUACAGGAAUAUACCCCCAGACUCACUUGGCCACUACAGCUUCGAUUUCCAGACCACCAAUGGCAUCACCACCAAGGGGGCUGGCAACGAAAACGGAGCAGUGGGAGUGGUCCAGUAUGUGUCCCCCGAGGGCAUUCCGGUGACCUUUUCGUACGUGGCCGAUGCGAAUGGAUAUCAGCCAACCGGAGAUAUGAUUCCCACGAUUCCGCUGCAUGUAAUCCGCCAGUUGGAAUAUAUUCGAACCCACUCGCCCGUAGACGAGCGGAGGUCGAGGCGCUGGUAAAAAAUCAGAUACCAAAAUUCCAUAUUAAAACAAUUAUAUAUUGACUCUUAAAUAGCUGUCAAUUAUUGCCUGGCUGAAUGCCGUUGCAGUUGAGGAAUAUUUAAAUUUUGUAUUUAUGUUUAUCGUUUUCACAUGCAACUUGUGACAUACUCAACGGCAAUCAGCCGGCAACAGAAUCAUGCCAAAAUAUAUAGCAAACAAAUAAAUAUUCUAGAAAUAUAAAUAAA